GCUCUCGCUAGUGGCAUACUCUCCAAUCGCAGAGAAGGCCUGCCUAUCAUAGAAUCCCAAGGAAGACGGAGAGACGAUGUCAUCUCGUACCGAGAUAUCGUAGCAAUUUCUACUAUGGCUGACGGUAGUUCGGUGGUACAGCUCUCUUGGCGCUGGAUCACCAAGGAAGUGGCCUGGUCUUUCUUUUGCCAUGACGAUAGUCAUCUGCUCUCCUGCGUAAAAAGACUGGUCGCUAGGCUGUCGCCAACUCUUCUCUAGUUGUAUGUUCGGGUAGUAAUUGAAUCGUUUUUCUCAGCUUUCAUAUUCAGAGAGCGCCUUGUUUAUCCCAGCUUUACCCUCGUAUCUACACAUACGGGCUUCAGUCAUGUUCUUUUUUAUCUCGCGCAUACCAUGCGCGCCUCGAGCGCUAUCCAGGAGAACUAUUCGGCAGGCCCUACCCCUGCGAGCUGGAUACGCGACGACCACGAAUAUCCAAACGAAGCUACCUGGAGGGAAGGAGGCGAAGAAUCCACAGCGGUUCAGAGAAUUCAAUCUGGAGAACCGCACUUUUACUGUAACUGGGGGUGCCAGAGGGCUUGGUCUAUGUAUGGCGGAAGCAUUGAUGGAAGCUGGCGCAAAAGUAUACUGUCUGGACAGGUUGGAGAAGCCAGAUCCCGAAUUCCAGAAAGCGCAGGAACGCGCGGUCAAGUCAGAAUAUGGAGGGGCCAUGGAAUAUCGACGAAUCGACGUCCGUGACCAUGUCAACGUGAAUAAUGUCAUGGCCGAAAUCGCAGCGGAGUCACAACGACUAGACGGCAUGAUUGCCGCGGCCGGAAUCAACCACUUGCAGAGCGCGCUUGAUCAUUCCCAAGAAGCUCUAGAGGAGGUCAUGCAGAUCAACUACAACGGAGUCUUCAACUCUGCUACCGCAGCAGCACGACAGAUGUUUCACUACAAGUGCAACGGGUCCAUUCUGCUCGUCGCCAGUAUGAGCGGAGUUAUCGCAAACAAGGGAAUGAGCUCUCCCGUCUAUAACUCCUCCAAAGCCGCCGUCAUCCAGCUAGGACGGUGUCUCGCUAUGGAAUGGGGCCGUCAUGGCAUCCGCGUCAACAGCCUGUGUCCGGGACACAUCGUCACUCCAAUGGUUGAUAUGGUCUUCAAGAAGACCCCUGAGGUCCGCACAAUGUGGGAGGCGGAGAACAUGCUGGGCAGACUUGCAAAACCAGAGGAGUUCCGUGGCGCUGCGCUCUUCGCGCUUAGUGAUGCCAGCAGCUUCAUGACCGGAAGCACCAUGCUCAUUGACGGUGGUCACACCGCUUGGUAAAUGGCUUUUACGCUCUAUUUCUUAUCUUCAGCCUUGUAGAGCUAUUUCAUCAUGACUGGGAGGCUGUUACUUGAAUUGCGUUUUGUUCCAAGUCUACUGAGGAAAAAAGCGUUCUGAGCGGAAACCAAGUUUUAUCCUGAGCGUCCUUUUUCUGCAAUACCUGGUUUGUUUUUCGAAUGUAACAUGGAUUGUGUUUCGUUUUUCCUUGCUAGUGAAGUAGCUACUUGGGAGUUUUUUUGUUUGAUUAUUA